AUGCAGCCCUUCAGCAUCCCCGUUCAAAUUACACUCCAGGGCAGCCGGAGGUGCCAGGGGAGGACAGCCUUUCCUACCUCGGUGAAGAAGAGAUAUAGAGACUAUAAGGACGGAGACCCACCAGAGGUGCACAGGAAGCUGCCCUCCAGUGCUGGAGAGGACAGAGCCAUGUUGCUAGGGUAUGCAAUGAUGGGCUUCUCCAUCCUAAUGUUCUUCUUGCUUGGAACAACCAUCCUAAAGCCUUUCAUGCUCAGCACUCAGCGCAAAGAGUCGAACUGCACUACCAUCCACACGCACAUCAUGGAGGACUGGUUGGACUGUGCUUUCAGCUGUGGCAUGGACUGCCAAGGCCAGGGGAAGUACCCAUGUCUUCAGGUGUUUGUGAACCUUACCCAUUCAGGUCAGAAAGCUCUGCUGCAUUAUAAUGAAGAGGCUGUUCAGAUCAAUUCCAAGCGUGAUGUUACAGACUGCAAAGUUAAAGAAAAGCAGACAUUGACAGUUUCUGAUGAGCACAAACAAUAA